AUGGCUACCGCCCUCGCCGCCCACCCCCAGUCCACACGGGCACAACAAUCUCGAGCCCUUGCCCGAGCUCUACUUGUGCGGCAAGGCUUCAUUCUAGCGGCUAUAAGAUGCUACGUGUUGCACUGCAUGCCGCUGCCGGUCGAGUCGCCGAUGGCAACACCUGUUCCGCCAGCGGCGAACGAGCAGACGCCCGCCGUGCCGAAGGGCACGCUGGACCUUCUGGUCGGCCACCAGAAUCAGCCGGAGACCGACGCUCUCAUGCAGCAGCAUCGGGAGCACCAUCAUCAUCAUCAACAUCAUUCUCAUCACAACAAUCACAAGAAGAAACGCAGUUCUCAGGGCUCGCACUCCGAAGAGGCCUAAAAGAAAAAGAAAUACACGAACGAGAGAAGGAGGAUGCGGCUUUUUGUUCGAUGUUCUAAAGGCUAGAGAAAAAAAAAAACAAAAAAAAACCACAAGUGAACGUCUCAAUUCGCGCGAAUCGAAAGACGAGUAGGUAUGAAACCGAGGCGGUAUUUCGCGGAAAGGAGAAAGGACAUCGUCGUUCUUUCGUCUUAACGUCUAAAUAUAUACGGAGUUUCCUGGAACGCAGCGCUUUUUUCUUCCUACGCGCGAGUACCGCGAGCAGAGACGAAUUGGCGGCCGGGCGACGGGGAAUCGUAGUGUCGAGGACCCGAUUUGGACCCGGAUCGAAGUAAGUGACCUAUUCUCGAGUGACUGAUAAAUUAUUGAUGGCGCAAACGAACCGUCACACCUCCUAAUUCUCGGUUGUCGAGAGAAAGCGCAAUGUCUGGGACACCCUGUGUAUAUCCUGUACAUAUGCCAAUAUAUAAAUAUAUAUAUAUAUAUAGAUAUAGACAGUACAGAAUGGUUUUCUAUCGCGUCUAAAGGGAACCGCGGCAUAUACUUCUCGUAUAAAAAAAAAAGGAAAAAAAAGAAAAGAAAGUUUCAUUUGCCGAGACACAGAAAAGACAGACACUUGAAGUUUGAGAUUUCGACGUUCCUUUGUAACGAAGAAAGCGCUAGUGGUCAGAUUUUGGCGAGGGCCCACUUGCGUACACACAUCGGCAUGUUACACAGCUGUUUAUGUUGCGGACGUAUAUGCCGAGGAAAGUGCACUUUUCUACCUGUACCGAGGAUUCGAUAUAUUUAAUGACAUUCUCUUAUCGCAAGAUUUGCUAGGCGAGUUUCAUAGGGGAGACCUUCAGUGUUACCGAUUUAUACAGGAUCCGUUAUUGGUGAUGCCGAGAGGGUGCUAAAUCGAAAAUGUGUUUUAUUGCGAAGAACAUUUCUUUCGGAACUAGAAACGAACUUUCUGUUUUCAAGAGAACGCAAUUCUAGCGAUAUUACACGCAUUUUUACUUGAAUUCUGAUAGCUACAGUUAAAGUAAAUCGACCUAUGAAUAAUAUCAUCGAAAGUUACUCAAGUUUCGAGGAAAAAUGUAUUAUUUAUCGUCCAAUUUUUUUCCCUCUCAAUUUUUUUUAGACAGAAUCCCUUUUGAAUUAUGCCAUCAAUAAAGGACCACCCUGUAUAGAUCGUAUUUAUUUCAUUCGAAAAUCUCACAAGACUCAACGAAGGGGAAAUCAGUACGAAAGAAAUAUCCUAAGUAUCCUCUGCGAUUGAUCUCAUAUUCUCUCGUUACUUUAUCUCCGAUAAUCCCGGCAGGGAUACCUCGUAGAGAUAACACGUCUAAUAAAAUUCGAUUUAGGGGAGAAGGGCCGAGAAAUGCGCACGGCGGGGAAAUCCGCAACUGAAGUAGGUCGCAAUUAUAGAAGAAGGAACGAUAAACGUUGAUGUCGGUAUUUAAUAAUUUAAUUAGCGAUAAGAUUUU